CUGCCCAACUUCUUCUCCACUACGACAAAAAAAAAUAGUAGACAGACUGAGAGUGGCGACAAGAUUCAUCGGCGGCUGUCUUCGAGCGGCCGUUUCCUACCUCCGAUUUCUCACCACCGACUGUAAUAAAAAUCAGGUUUGAAAACAAAAAAUGAAACCGGGGAUGGAAGAGAAUCCUCUCAAGGUUCAGAUGCUACCUGUCCACCACAAAUCUUCUCCCACCUCGACCACUUACAUUUUCACCACUAAGUCCGAAUCAAAACCCACAAAACCAAUCCUCCUGCUAAUCCUCGCCUCCUUUUUUUCCAUCGCUAUCACGCUGGCCUUUCUAUUUGUCCUCUACAUGAUUACCUUCUCAGGUUGGAAACCGAGAAGCUCUUUCCGUUACAGCGUUGUUAUCGACGCUGGAAGCUCCGGUUCACGAGCUCAUGUGUUCCGGUACUGGCUUGAAUCUGGUAAACCGGUUUUCGACUUCGGUGAGGAGAACUACGCUAGCUUGAAGCUGAGUCCUGGUUUGUCUUCGUACGCUGAUAACCCGCAAGGAGCGAGCGUCUCGGUGGCCGAGCUUGUGGAGUUCGCCAAAGGGAGAGUUCCGAAAGGGAAGUUGAAGAAGAGUGAGAUUAGGUUGAUGGCUACUGCUGGGAUGAGAUUGCUUGAUGUCAGUGUUCAAGAAGAGAUUCUUGAAGUUACCAGAGGGGUUCUUAGAUCUUCCGGGUUUAAGUUUCAAGACGAGUGGGCUUCGGUUAUCUCCGGAUUUGAUGAAGGUAUGUAUGCUUGGGUGGUUGCGAACUAUGCACUCGGUUCUCUUGGAGGUGAUCCGUUGCAUACAACGGGGAUUGUUGAACUCGGUGGGGCAUCUGCACAGGUGACAUUUUUUUCAAAUGAGGUUGUACCUCCUGGUUUCUCGCGUACCAUAUCAUAUGGAGGUGUUUCUUACAAAAUCUACAGCCACAGCUUCCUCCACUAUGGACAGGAUGAAGCACAGGAAGAGAUAUUGAAAUCACUCCAGAACUCAGCUGCAAAUUCUACAGAGGAUGGGAUAAUAACUGACCCUUGUACACCUAAAGGAUACAUUUACGAUAACGUCAACUCAGUUCAAGCUGCUGGUAAUUACUCAGCAUGUCGAUCCGUUACAUUGGCAAAGUUGCAAGAAGGAAAGGAGAAUUGUGUUUAUCCUCAUUGUUCUAUUGGAUCAACAUUCACUCCUGCUCUUCAAGGAAAGUUCUUGGCUACAGAAAAUUUCUACCACACCUCUAAGUUCUUUGGGUUGGACGAAAAGGAUUGGCUGUCUGAAAUGAUUAAAGCUGGAAAGAGUUUCUGUGGAGAAGAAUGGUCGAAGUUGAAAGAGAAAUACCCAACAACUAAAGAAAAAUAUCUGGAUGGAUACUGCUUCUCAUCUGCAUAUAUUAUCUCAAUGCUCCACGACAGUCUUGGUUUUGCUCUUGAUGAUGAAAGAAUCGAGUUUGCAAAUAAAGCAGGAGAAAAAGGAAUAUCACUAGAUUGGGCAUUAGGAGCGUUUAUACUAAACACUGACACAACCACUUCUGAUUACAGUGGUAGAUCUAGAAAAAUGCUCGGCUGAAGUAACGUAUCCAAAUACCCAAUAUGAUAUUUCAUGUUUCCAAUAAAACAUGUAAUUUAUGUCAUGUAUGUUACGUUAAGCUGUUGUUGUUGUUUCUUUUUUUUUGUUAUAUAAGUUUAGCUACUCUUUAUAAUUGUGUUUGGGAUUUUCAAAGCUUUUACGUUAAGAGCGUCUGUUUUCAUUCGGCAUUCGUGUGGACCAUGUCAGAUUAUAAUAUGUAGACGUGAUCAUGUCUUUCCCU